AUGGCAUGUGAUAAUCAAACGCAAGUGACGGGGUUCAUCUUAUUAGGUCUUUCAAGAGACCACGAAGUCCAGUACCAACUCUUUUAUGUGUUCACUUUAAUAUACGUGACUACCCUGUUUGGAAACCUUCUGCUCAUUCUUCUCACCAGAGUUGAUAAUGACCUGUCCACUCCGAUGUAUCGAUUCCUUUGCAAUUUGUCGAUGUUAGAUAUUUGUUUCACGUCGGUCACUGUCCCCAGGAUGCUAAUUAACCUGUCAUUUCAGCAGAAUUCUAUCUCUUAUGUGGCUUGUUUUACGCAGUUAUAUUUCUUCCACUUGAUUGGAAAUGCAGAAAUCUGUCUUUUAGCCAUCAUGAGUUACGACCGUUAUGUAGCGAUCUGUCACCCGCUUAGAUACCGCCAGAUAAUAAGCACCGAAAAUUGCAUGCGCAUGGCUGGUGCUUGUUGGGUUAGCGGUAUAUUAUUUUCUUUUUGUCAUACUCUUCUUAUAGCAAAACUAUCCUUUUGUACAUCCAACGUGAUCAACCAUUUCUUCUGUGACAUCCCACCCCUUCUUCAGUUGUCCUCCACCGACACGACAAGGAGCACUCUGGAAAUUUUCAUACUUGGAGGAACGGUCGCUGGAGGAGGUUUCUUGCUGACCUUGAUCUCUUAUAUUUUCAUAAUAUCAUCCAUUUUAAAAAUUAGUUCCACAAAAGGGAAGCGGAAAGCCUUCUCCACGUGUGCUUCCCAUCUCACGGUUGUUUCCAUUUUUUUUGGGACCAUCCUAUUUAUGUACUUGAGACCCAGAUCAGCUUAUUCACUAGAGAAUGACAAAAUGCUGUGUGUAUUUUACAAUAUAUGCACACCCAUGAUGAAUCCAGUAAUUUAUAGUUUUCGGAAUGACGAAGUGAAAAAAGCUCUAAAGAGAAUGUUCAAGACGAUAGACCUUAAGAAUUUGGUGGAACAAGUGGAAAUAUGGAACUUUGGAACAAAAGCAAAGGCACGGAGUUUCUACUCCUUGGAAUCUCAGACAUCCAGGAACUAA